AAUAGCUUAGAUACGGCUAUCGAAAUGCAGAGAAAAUAGAAGUAACUUGUAUGAAGCACAUGGGACAGAAUGUGAGUACAUACAGGUGCUGACAUGAAGCAAGAGGAUACUAGUACAUCGGACUCCGACUACUAAUGGCUGACGGUGAUGUCAAGGACAAAGAAGAAGGAAAGGCCAUGGUAUUUAUUCCUGUAGGACGUAACCUUCAGCGACCCACCAUUUUGCCCACAACGUGUGGAUUCCGGCGGCUAUACGUCCACAUCUGUCUCUUUGUGGUAGUUAUCAUAGUGAUUCUGGUGCUGCGAGCCAUCUCCAAUGUGCGCGUGGUGUUCGUUCAAUAUCACUCUAAUUCUGACACUGAUGGGGAACUGGUUGUUCUACCAGAGAAGUUUGCGUUCUCCAGAGGGGCGUAUUGUCUGGACGGCUCUCCACCGGGGUAUUACAUCAGAUAUGGGAAGAGUCCCAACCUGAACAAGUGGAUUGUACAUCUUCCUGCAGGUGCUUGGUGCUCCUCUGUGGAGGAAUGCUACAGCAGGAGUCUGACAGAGCUUGGGUCCAGUGUAGAGGCUCCUAUGUUCCGAGCUUUUAAUGGAAUUCUUUCUCCUAGUGAGUCAGAAAACCCCAAAUUUCACAUGUGGAAUAUGGUGGAUUUCCUUUACUGUGAUGGGGGCUCCUUUCUAGGAAACAGGAGCAAUGUCAUCAGCCACAAAUCUAAGAAGUUGUACCUGACGGGUUUUCAGGUGUUUAAUGCUUUGAUCGACUACUUAGUGGAACACACAGAACUCAGAACGGCUGACCAGGUCAUCCUCAUAGGGUCCUCAGCUGGAGGAGUGGGGGCUACAGUUAACGCUGACUUCCUGAGAGUGAGGCUGAGCGGGGUCAACUCACUCCACCUGGUGGUGGACGGCAGCAUGUUUGUGGACAACCCCGAGCAAACUGGACAGCACAUGAUGAGGAACAUCUUCAAGAAUACUUUCUACCUCCAUAACAUACAAGGUGCCCAAAGUAUUCAGGAGUGUACCCAGAAGAUGCACAGCACUGACCAGUGGCAGUGUCUACAGCCCACCUUCUUCUACAAACAUCUGUUCACACCUGUCUUUUUCCUGAACUCCCUGCACGAUUCCUGGUACAGUAAGAACGCUAUAGGAGUAACCUGCCCCUUCUCCACCUGUAGCCAGACAGACAUUUCUAUACUGGAUCAACACAGGAGCUUUAUUCUCUCCAAACUCUCUCCUGUUCUGCAGUCAAAGCAGGAUGGGAUAUAUCUGACCUCCUGUCCCAUUCAUACAAUGACCAUGAACAAAAGAUUCUCUUCCAAGUUAAGUGAAGUGGGUAUUUCCCCUCAGACCGCCUUAAUUAAGUGGUAUUUUCAUCAAGUUCCCAACUAUACUUUUGUUGAGAACAUAGAUUUUAGAGAAGCUACAGCAGUUUGCAAAUUAGGAAACUGAAAAAAGCCUAAAUAUUUUUAGUUCUCCUUAGGAAGGAACUUUUUUUUGGUUUCUCACCACUGUGUAAAGUUUGUGAAGUACAAUACAUGUGAUACACAAAAGAAAAACAACACAUAACGUGAAUGGCAAUUUCAGAUACUCGGCCUUUUCUGUAUUGUUUGUUUCUUUGUCUUGUUUUAUUUUUUCAUAUAUGUGUUUGUAGAAUUACAAACAUUUUGUUCAAGUUUAUAGCAGAUCAGUAAACCCCAUCCUUUUUUUUGUUGGGAAAUGUGAAUUUUAUUAUACAAGUAUUAAUGCCUUAACUCUUCAUAUCCAUAAAUGCCAUCAUUUCUUAGAUGUGUUAUUUUAAUUUAGAUUUUGAUCAGUGUUGUACAUUUUCACAAGUGCUUUAAAGUAGAGUUAUAGUAUUGCCCAAGCAGGGAUAUUGUGCCAAAUAUUAGGCUUUAGUGGAUUUUUUUUUAUCAGACGUGUAAUUUUCUUUACAAAAUAAGUAUUCUUUAAUGAAAUCCUUCUUUUGUGAGUUUAGAAAGGUAUACAGUAUUAUGUAUAAUAUCAUAUGCAUCAUCUACAAACAAAUUCUUUGUUUUAUUAUGUAUCAUUUAACUUCAACUUUUGCAUAGGAGGAAUUUACAAAAUACACAAGUACUUAGUGCCAUGUCAAAUAAAAUGUAGCUGCAAAAUUUUUGAAGGAGUAUUAGCAACUUUUACUGUACCACUUAUAGAAUGAGUGUGCCCCAUUUUAUAUAAUAUUUCAAUUUGCACCUUUAAUUUUAGAUUUACUUUAACUGUACUUUGUAUAUGUACAUAAAUCAUGCAUAUGAUUCUUCUU